AUGAAACCUUUAAUGUUACAAGGGCACGAGCGUGCCAUUACUCAAAUUAAAUACAACAGAGAGGGGGAUUUAUUGUUCUCGUCUGCUAAGGACGUAACACCAAACGUUUGGUAUUCUUUGAACGGAGAGCGUCUUGGCACAUACAUUGGCCAUACUGGAGCUGUAUGGUGUAUUGACGUCGAUUGGAAAACCACUAAAUUUUUGUCCGGUGCUGCUGACAACACCUUAAGGCUUUGGGAUGUUGCUACUGGUGUGGAGAUCGGUAAUAUUAGUAGUAAUUCAGCUGUGCGUACAUGCUCUUUCAGUUACUCAGCGGAUCUUGCCAGCUACUCAACAGAUCAAGCUAUGAAACAAGAUUGUGAAAUAUUUAUAGUUGAUGCUCGAGAUGACGAAUCUUUUAAAAGCAGUAACCCAAUUUUGAGAAUGACUGUGCCAGAUUCCAAAGUGACUUCUUUAAUUUGGGGUACAUUGGACCAUACAAUCAUUACUGGACAUGAAGAUGGUGCUAUUACUCAAUGGGAUUUGAGAACUGGAAAAAGCAUAGAAACUGUAAAAGACCAUCAAGGAUCAAUCAAUGACAUGCAAAAAAAUCGACAAGGUACUAUGUUCGUUACUGCAUCAAGAGACAAAACUUCAAAGCUAUUUGAUGUUGAAGAUUUGUCAGUCCAUAAAGUCUAUGUGACUGAACGUCCUGUCAACAGUGCUUCACUUUCACCUAUAUAUGAUCACGUGGUCUUGGGUGGUGGUCAAGAUGCUAUGGAUGUGACAACAACAGCAGCACAAGCAGGAAAAUUUGAUGCUAGAUUCUUUCAUGUAAUUUUUGAAGAAGAAUUUGCAAGAGUUAAAGGUCAUUUCGGUCCCAUAAAUUCAUUAGCAUUCCAUCCAGAUGGUGAAAGUUUCAGUACAGGUGGAGAGGAUGGUUUCAUUAGGGUACAAUCAUUCGAUCCGUCAUACAAAGAAUUUAGAUUUGAUUAUUGA